AUGCAGAAGGAGAACGAGCAAACAAUGACCAGCAUGACCAAUCCUGUGACAAAAACAACUUACGGCUACGAGGAAGACAUGUCUAUCAAGUACACGAGAGCCGUGUACACCGAGAUGAGGAAUAGGAUGAGAAAGGCCACACUAUUUCGCGCAAAGCGUACAGCAGAGCCCACUAAGUACCUUGUGUACUACCACAACAAGCUUGGCCAUGAUGAUGAAGAAAGAUUUUCCUGGUCAAAGCAUGAAUUCCAGGUUGUAGCUGACCCAGAGAAUGAAAUUUACGAGUGUGAAUGCAAGCUCUGGACACACACAGGCCUGUUCUGCCUUCACAUCAUGAACAUAGUGGACUACCUCAAGCCUGACAAAUUUCCAAACAAGUAUAUCCUCAAACAGUACACAAAGACUGCAAAAUCACAACCAACCUUUGAUACAAGGGACUACAACACAACCGCAUCGGAUGGCAGCUCAAGGCUAUCGAAGCAAGACAUCUUGCUGCAGCUGAAUUUGAUGGUUAACAAGAAAGCGAUGAGAUGUGACCAGCAAUAUGACAGAGCCUACUGUGUUCUCAAGAGGCUCGUGGAAGAGCUUGAUGCAAUACAUUCAGCAAAUCAAGCGGAUGCUGAUGAAAGGAUGGCUGAAGAGGAUGCUGAAAUUGAAGAUGACCUUCAUUAUUAUGCAGCUGAAAUGCUCAACGCCGCCACUGAAGCCAACCAAUGCAAGCAGGGUGAUGGCCAAUCAAUGGAGCAGCGACAGCAAGAGACGAUGAAACUGCCGCUGUAUUCUAAAACAAAGGGUAGGAAGAAAAUUACUGCAGCAAAGAAAAGUGACAAGAGAGCUCAAAUAAAGACACCACCUGCAGGAAGAGUCGUCGUGCUCGAUGAGAACGGAGUGCCACUUGGACACAGGAAAUGUAGUGUGUGCAACCAGGUUGCAGGACACAACAAGCUGACCUGUCCAACACUCUUGGAAAGAAAUAAUGCCGAGGAGGUCAAGCAACCCAAAUCUCAAUAA